AUGGAUUUCUCCAAUACACGAAAUGCGUGGGAAGGCCUCGUCCACUCGCUUGAAUUCAUUCCGCCCCCCCGCUUGAACUCAUCUCCCCCGUUUCCUCUGAGCAUGCACCCAUUUCGCACCCCCCUUUGCUUUCCCUCCUACUCCCCUCCCCCUGUAUCCCCUCUUUUCCCACCCUUAAUUCCCCUGCGUCCCCUCCUUUCCCCCCCUGCAUCCCCUACUUUUCCCCCCUUGCUUCCCCUCCUUUCCCCUCCUUGCUUCCCAUGCUUUCCCCCCUGCGUCCCCUCCUUACCCCCCCCUGCGUCCCCUCCUUUCCCCCUCUGCUUCCCUUCCGUUCCCCCCCUGCAUCCCCUACUUUCCCCCUCUGCUUCCCUUCCGUUCCCUCCUGCUGCUGCUGCUGCUCCCCCCCUGCAUCCCCUCCUUUCCCCCUCUGCUUCCCUUCCUUUCCCCCCCUGCAUCCCCUCCUUAUGCUCCCUUCCCUUGCUUACCCUCCCUCCCUCCCCCUACCCACAGUUUGGGGCGCUGUGGACGGACGGCAACGGGCAGAUUUGCUAUGCAGAAAUGAAUGUGGUGCUGCUGGAGUUGACCUCCAAUGACUGCACGGGCCAAGUGACCAAGAGCCUUGAAGCUGCUUUGCUCGUGGCCGUUGCCACGCUCCCCUGCCAUUCCCAUUCCCAUCGGCAUCGCUCCCUGGAGGGGCAGGGUGUGACCAGAACGCCCUUCGUGGGGGAGGGGGAAAAAAGGGGUAGGGGAGGGGAGGUGAGAAGAGUGCCCCUGGUAGGGGGAGAGGAGGUGAGCAAGGAGUGCCUGAUAGGGGCAGGAGAGGUGGUAGGGGGAGGGGAGGUGAGAUGGGAGUAG